AUGGUGGCCGAAGAUUCGUCGAUCAAAUCACCACUCGUUUCAUUGAUCGCUGGGGGCACGGCAGGUGGAGUUGAGGCUACAAUCACUUAUCCAUUCGAAUUUGCAAAAACCCGCGUCCAGCUGCAUGAACAGACGCCGACUCGAAAUCCCUUCCUCGUCAUCAAACAUGUCAUUGAGCAGGAAGGCCCGCGCUCACUUUAUAAGGGGUGCUCGACUCUCGUCGCGGGAACCGUGGCCAAGGACGCCAUCCGGUUCAUCUCCUUCGACACUAUCAAGGCACAAUUCAAGGACCCCGAGACCGGCACGCUGUCGCCGCUCAGGAACCUGAUGGCCGGCAUCACCGCCGGGGUCGUCGCGAGCACCUUUGCAGUGACACCGACGGAGCGGAUCAAGACGGCCCUGAUCGACGAUGCGCGUUCGGAGCGCAAGUUCCGCGGCCCCGUCCAUGCCACGGCGACGUUGAUCAAGGAGCACGGCGUCGUCAAGGCCCUGUAUAGAGGCUACGUCACCACGACGCUGAAGCAGGCCAGCACCACGGCCGUGAGGCUGGGCACCUAUAACAUCCUUAAGGACUUUGAGCGGCUGCGCAACAUCCCGCAGACCACACUUACCACGUUUGCCAACGGGGCCGUCGCCGGGACCGUCGUCGUCUUCGCCACGCAGCCGUUCGACACGCUGAAGACGCGCGCACAGUCCGUCAGGGGCCAAGGCGUGCUGGAGGCCUGGAACAGUGUCAUUGACGACUACGGCUUUCGCGGACUCUGGAGGGGCAGCACGAUGCGACUAGGCAGGACGGUGCUAGCGGGAGGCAUUCUGUUCACCACGUACGAGUGGGUUGCCGCUUUGAUUCAGCCGGCGUUAGAAAAGACCAGGCUCGCUCCCGCCGCUGCCGCCAGGGAAUGA